CGGUUCAGGAACGGACAAAAUCAAUAAAUUAAUUUUAGAAGGCGUUGUCUCCGAGGGCGAUUCUGAUCAGCUCCCGACUUUUGGUGUCCAUUUGCUGUUAAUUUGCAGAAAACCACCGAAAAAUGUCCGAUAACGCGGAGAGUGUGGAGCAGUACGACGUGAUAGUGGAGCAGGGGGUCCUGGACGAGGGACAGAGAAAGAUAAAACAGAAAUACGCAGUAGCUCUGUGCGUGGCGGCCACCUACGUGCCGGAGACUCACAGCAUCCUCAUUGCUGCGGUCUGCAAGGACACCGAUAUCCCUAUCCCGCCGAAGGACAAGAAGGAGAAGAAGGAGAGGAAGGAGAAGGAUAAAGAUAAGAAGGAGAAGGAGAAGAAAGAAAAGGAGAGGAAGGAAAAGGAGAGGAAGGAAAAAGAGAGGAAGGAAAAGGAGAGGAAGGAGAAAAAGUCCUCAAAGAGAGGCAAGAAACACGGAUCGCCCUAAAUAAUGUCGAUGUGUGUGUGCGUGUGUGUAUGCUUAAACGUUGUCUCGCAGAGUACGCCUCUUCCAUGUCGUUAUAUUUCUUUGUUUACUAACACUUUGGCAAGCAAUUCAUAAUUAUUUCAGAUUGUAAUUAAUUCACCUUUCUGCUAUCAUUGCUAUCUAACACUAAAGUUGUUUCAUCUUUUCAAAGAAUGAUUGUACACAUUCUCGACUACGUCGUCAUUUGCUCAACUAACAAAAUUCAUGUCAAAAAUCGAAUUAAUUUGAACAUAUCAAGUACACAGCUUUUCUUAUUCUUAAGUAUAUUAGAAUUAAUUUUAAGUAUUAUCUCAACAACCUAACAGGGUGUAAAAUGGACUACUUACUUGUAUUUAUUAUACUUUAAGAUAACCUUGAUAUUUUUUUAGAAAAAAACUUUUUUGGUGUUUGUUAUCUAAUGUUUUCUAGUCGCCCUAGACCCUAAUUUUUUUAAUA